CCCUGCCAGCCACACCACCCGAGACUGCGUGGGACAGGAGCAUUGUCGCCCCCAGCAGGCUUGCAGCCCGGUGGCCCUGGACACACUGGCUUAGAAGGAUCCAGGCAGCUUUCCCAGGACUCAAGGCCACUUGUCCACCCCUCUCCACCUUCUAUUUCCUUUUUGUGAUCUUUGUGCUGUCCACCAUCUUCUACUGCCACCGGCGCCUGGCUCUGGUGCCUGACCCCUGGGCCUCUUCAGCCCUUGUGGUCUUAGCCCCAAGAAACCUGCCCCAGGAGGGCAUGUUCACCAUCAAUGCCAAAGGCCGCCUGGGGAACCAGAUGGGCGAGUAUGCCACCCUGUUCGCACUGGCCAGGAUGAACGGAAAGCCCGCAUUCAUCCCCGCAUCCAUGCACAGCACCCUGGCGCCCAUCUUCAGGAUCAGCCUCCCGGUGCUGCACAGUGACACCAACAAGAAGAUCCCAUGGCACAACUACCACCUCAACGACUGGAUGGAGGAGCGGUACCGCCACAUCCCGGGACGCUAUGUGCGCCUCACAGGGUACCCGUGCUCCUGGACCUUCUACCACCACCUGCGCUCAGAGAUCCUGCAGGAGUUCACCCUGCACGACCAUGUGCGUGAGGAGGCCCAGGUCUUCCUGCGUGGCCUGCGGGUGAAUGGGGUCCAGCCGAGUACGUUUGUGGGUGUCCAUGUGCGCCGGGGGGACUAUGUGCAUGUCAUGCCCAACGUUUGGAAGGGCGUGGUGGCUGACCGGGGUUACUUGGAACAGGCCCUGGACAGGUUCCGGGCACGCUAUCGGUCUCCCGUCUUUGUAGUCACCAGUGAUGACAUGGCCUGGUGCCGGAAGAGCAUCAGUGUCUCCCGAGGGGACGUGUCGUUUGCUGGCAAUGGCCUUCAGGGGUCCCCCGCCAGGGACAUUGCACUGCUCAUGCAAUGCAACCACACUGUCAUCACCGUGGGCACCUUUGGAAUCUGGGCCGCCUACCUCACAGGUGGGGAUACUGUUUACCUGGCUAAUUUUACUCAGCCCAACUCCCCCUUCCACAUGGUUUUCAAGCCACAAGCAGCCUACCUCCCCAACUGGGUAGGCAUCGCUGCUGACCUGCUACAGGCGCAGCAGAGGAACCUUUAGUGGUGCCUCAACCUGGGCCCCCCCAAGAGGCAUUGGAGGCUGUUUUGUACCUACUCAGGUUGCCACGUAAAGUUCCAGCUCAGCCUUCCGUGUUUCUCGGCUGAGAGAUUUGGGUCAGUGAUGUCACCUCGCUGCCCUCCUGUGCACCCUGAGCAUGUGAGCGCAGUCUCGAGUUACCUCAGCAGCGGCAGGCACAGGUGACUGUUCCUCUGUAUCCACUGCAGGCCUAGCAUGCUGCGUCUGGAAGUCUGGAAUGCUUUCAACCGGAGGGCAGUGUCUUAGCUAGGGUUUCUGUGGCUGUGAUGAGACACCAGGGCGGUAAACAGUCUGCAGAGGAAGGUGCCUAUUUAAACUCACACUUCACAGUCCAUCACUGAGGGCAGUCAGAGCAAGAACUCAACCAGCAGGACCCUGGGGCUGGAGCUGAUACAGAGGCCUUGGAGGAGUGCCACUACCUGCUUGCUCCUCAUGGCUGAGCCCUCUGCCUUGGCUGACCCAGGACCACCU